AUGAGGUAUUAUUAUUAUUAUAUUAAAUCAUCAUAGAUCCUAACAAAUUAUUUAAUAGGAUUUAGCUAUUACUCCACAUAAUCCUAUCACAGAAUUAUCAAAACUCCUCUUUUUAAUAAUAAUUACAAAUGUACAUUUACUAAUUUAUUUAACUCAUUUGGUGUUUUAAUGCACCAUAAUGCAAUUAAUAAUAUAUUAUUACUGUUUUGAUGCUAUGGUGAUGAUAUUUCUUAUGAUUAUGAAAAUAAAGUAAAUUUUAACCAUUAACUUUAGAUUUAAAAUAGAUGUAGGAAAUUCAACAUUUGAUAUUCUUUUUUCAACUAUUAUUCAAACUAUAAUUCUUAUUCAUUUUAGAUUUAAAGAAUUAGAAAUCCAAUUUCUAGGGUAUGUUGUAUUAGCCUACUACUUAUUAAGAUUUUUUGUUAUGGUGUUUCAAAAAAUUAUACUUAAUGUUUCUAUGAAUCGUUUUAUUAUUGUAUAUAUUUAAUUUAAAAAUAGUAUAUUCAAGGAUUUAAAGUAUUAUUUGCACUAUAAUUAAUGUUAGUUACUAUUAAAUGGAAGAAUAUGGUUGAUUGGAAUUGGUUUGUAAUAUUUAGUGUGAUUUGGAGUUUACUGGUUAUAUUUUUUAUUUUCCAUCUCAUUCUAAUUCUUUCAAUAAUUGAAUUAGCACAUGAUUAUUAAAUAUAGAAAGCCACGAAAUCUUAACUUAUUGGAGGUGUAUGGUUGAUUUUAUAUUUUUGUGGUUUUAGUGGAAUUCCCUCAUGGUUUUGUUACAUAAUUUGUAAAAAUUAAGAAAUAGUUGAUUAUCCAACAAAAUAAGCUAGUCUUAUACUUAGCAUUUUAAUUAUUGUAUAAACUUUUUUAGUUUUUAUACUCUCUAUAGUUUUUAGACAUCAUAUUAAGUAUAAAGUUAUAAUAAAAUUUAGAAUUUACAUUCAGGAUAUUGGUUUUGAAGAAGAUAUUCAAUAAUAAAAUAUUAAGGAAUCAAAAUAAUAAUCAAAUAUAAUAUCAAAACCUACUUUACCAUAAAAAUUAUUCUAAGUAUCUACAACCUAUUUUGAAUAUUUCAAAUAAGCUUCUUAACAUCCCUAAUAAAAUUAAAACAUUACAAAUAGUAUCAUAAAUUAAAGAGUUAAAUUGAAAGCUUUUGAAUUUGUUAUGAGAAGUGGUGAUUAAAUGCAUUCUCCUGAAAAAGAGUCAAACUAAGUGUAAAAUGAAUAGAAAUGUUAAGUUUGUUUUAAUUAAGAAUCAUAAAUAGUUAUGCUUCCUUGUAGACAUGGAGGAAUUUGUAAUGAUUGUUUAAGAUAAUGGUUAUAAAAGUCACCAAACUGCUAUAUUUGUCGUUAAGUAUUUUAAUUUAAAUAAUAAUUAAGAAAAUCAAUUAAAUAUGCAAGGUUCAUAAAGAUGAAUCUGGAAACUUUACUAUUAAAGAUAUUAUUACAGUCUGUUAAAAGUGA